CUUUUAAAUCAAAUCCCGAUAAUUGACUGCUUUUUGCCUUGAUGUGGCUGCUGAAAUAAAAUCACUUUUGAAAAAGAGUAAAAAAAAUUGUAUUCUUUAAUCUACACAAUGGCAAAAAGUUUAAGAUCACAAGCAAAGAAGAGAACAAGAGCUAUUAAAAGAGAAAAGAUAUUCAAGCCAGUAGAAGAGGCUCGUCUUCAACGUUUAGCAGAGGCACAAGCUGAAGCAGCUAAUAAACCUAAAGUUGGAGACCAAAUGGAAGAAGAGAAAGUACAAGAAGAAAGUCAACCUGCUGAACAAAUGAUGGAAGUAGAAGAGGAACCAAAGAAGAAGAUUUCAACAAGUGGUCCUCGUAGUAAAAGACAUGCUAGAAAAUUAGCUGAUAAGAAGAAGAAGAAGAAGAAGAACCCCUCUCUCAAGUUUUAG